AUGAUGGCGACACAAAAACCUCAACGGCGGUUAAUUACUUGGCUGUUAAACAAGCGCGUGCCUCCCAUACCGUCGGAGGAGGAAAAGCGCGUGCUUCCAGAGGCUGCAGCGGGCCUUAUAAACCGCACCUUGGUUAUAUGGGCCUUCCCCUUCAUGAUGACCGGGUACAAGCGCUUGAUUACUGAAAAUGAUCUUUAUUUGGUGCCCGAAAAUGCCAAAGUGGACAAUAUGGAUAUCAUCUUCCAGCGCAACUUUUCAGCCCGUAUGGCCAAAUCAGCUCCAGGCGAAUACUCUCGCUGGAUCUUAAUGCUGUCGUUAUGGGACACUUUCAAAUGGGAAUAUGUCUGGUGCAUUUGGUGGAAAUUGCUUUCUGAUCUGCUCAGUGUGACAUCUCCCUUACUUUCCAGAGAGCUCAUCCGUUAUGUCGAGACCAGGACUAAACCAGUGGGUGUUGGUGUCGGAUAUGCCAUCGGCACUACCUUGUUCAUCUUUUUCAGAGGGCUCCUACAGGCCCAUUUUUUUACUGGAGGUCAAAGUGUCGGGAUAAAAAUGAGAUCUGUGCUUACCAAAGCUGUCUUUGACAAAUCUUUUCAAUUGGACGAGGCUGGUCGCCAUGAAUUCCCAACCAGUACCAUUACCUCAAUCAUGGGAACCGAUCUGGCUAGGAUUGAGUUUGCACUUACUUAUAUGGGAAACAUCAUCACCUUGCCUAUUACAUUUUGCAUCUCAUUGGCAUUCCUGAUAGUGUAUAUUGGACCUGUCUCCCUUAGUGGGGUUGCGGUGUUUCUGCUAAUUAUGUUUCUGGUUGUCUAUCAAACCAAGUACCUCAUGCAGUUUCGCAGAAGAGCGUCUCUUUUCACAGACCAGAGAGUGAGCUAUGUCAAGGAGCUACUCAAUAACAUCAAGAUGAUCAAGUACUAUUCUUGGGAGGACUCGUAUAUUGCCAAAGUCACCAAGAUUAGAAAUGCCGAAAUGAGUGAGCUCAUGAAGAUCCAAUCUGGAAGAGCCAUUGCAGUGGCUUUGACUCUGUCAAUUCCAUAUCUUUCUUCUAUGGUGGCAUUUCUGGCCAUGUGGGGAGUCGAGGGACUCCGCAGUGUUGCCGAUAUUUUUACUUCAUUGACAUUUUUCAAUGUUCUUGCUCAACAGGUCUUGAUUGUUCCCAUGUCUUUGUCGUCUACGGCUGACAUGAUUGUGGGUUUAGAACGUACCAGAAAGUUGCUUCUGUGCAACGAGAUCGACCCUGCUGAAGAUUAUAAAAAUCUGGAUUAUCCUGAGGACCGCGGGGGAGAUAGUGCUAUCAUCAUGAAAGAAGCUAGUUUUGCAUGGGGCCAUUUUGAAGACGAGGAUAACACCAAGAAGAAGAAAACUGAGAGCUUAGAGCAGGGAACGAUCACAAUGAUUGAACAUUCAGAGUCCUCCAAUAAGCUUUUGGAAAAUCUGCCUCAUUCGUCAAACUCGUCAUCUUCAUGCCAACCGUCCACACAUUCAACAAACUCAAACCACUCCCAAACAAGCAUUUCCGAGACUGAGAAGCUCUCUGGCUUGCCAGACCCAUCCAUAGGACAUAACCGGUUUACCGGACUUCAUAACGUGAACCUAGAUCUCGCCCGCGGAGAGUUUGUGGUUAUUACCGGCAUGAUUGGGUGCGGAAAAACGUCACUCUUGAACGCUAUGGCUCGGAGAAUGAAGCAGGAAUCUGGCUUGUUGGAAGUGAACGGUUCAUUGCUGCUUUGUGGAUUUCCUUGGGUCCAAAACCAAACUGUAAGAGAGAAUAUCACAUUUGGCAAGCCGUUUGAUCAGGACAAAUAUGACACUGUGAUCCAUGCAUGUGCCUUGGAGGAUGAUCUAAAAUUAUUUGAGGCAGGAGACAUGACAGAAGUUGGUGAGAGAGGUAUCACGCUCUCUGGAGGCCAGAAGGCAAGACUCAAUUUGGCCCGUGCGGUUUAUGCUGAUCCGGACAUUCUUUUGCUAGACGAUGUACUCAGUGCAGUAGAUGCACGUGUGGGCAAGCAUAUCAUGAACGAAUGCAUUUUAGGAAUAUUAAAGGACAGAACUCGUGUCCUGGCUACUCAUCAGCUGUCGUUGAUUGGUGCUGCUAAUCGCGUGGUAUUUCUGGAUGGUGAUGGUGAAGUGGCUAUAGGGUCCAUUGACGAGCUUAAGGCAACACGCCCAAAUUUCGUGAAGCUAAUGGAAUACAGUAACCAGCACGAUAAGGCGAACAAGGCAGCUGAAAGUGAAGAAGAACAAUUGAAGACCAUUCAGGUCAUUUCUCGCCAGCAGAGUAACCUCAAAGAGUCAGGUACCCUAAUCAAGGCCGAACAACUUUCUCAAGGAGUGGGGCUUUUGGUCUACAGACGUUUUAUUUGGCUUGGUGCUGGAAAAUUGGGCAUUUUUGCAAUUCCGUUGGUUCUCUUAGCAGUUGUUCUUUCGUCUUUCAUGCAAAUGUUUUCCAAUGUGUGGCUUUCAUUCUGGACCGAGUCCAAAUUUCCGAUUUCCAAUGGUACUUACAUUGGAUUGUACGUGCUUUUCACGUGUUUGAUCUUGAUUUUUGUGGCAAUUUUAUUUGCUUUAAUGGCCUAUAUUACCAACAGGUCUGCUGAAUUGCUCAACGUACGUUCUAUGAUCAAAAUCUUGCAUGCACCAAUGUCAUACUUCGAUACUACUCCCAUGGGAAGGAUCAUCAACAGGUUCACCAAAGACACAGAUGUUGCGGACAACGAACUGACCAACCAGGUGAGACUUCUGAUCUAUGCUUUUGCGCUUAUUGUUGCCACACUGAUCAUGUGCAUCAUCUACAUUCCGUGGUUUGCCAUAGCCAUUCCGCCGUUACUACUGGUUUACGUGAUAAUGUCUGAUUUUUACUUGGCAUCUUCCAAACCCGUCAAGAAUCUGGAGGCCAUCAAACGUUCAUUUGUCUACAAUAAUUUCAACGAGUCGCUCACUGGAAUGGAGACCAUCAAGGCUUACGGCUUGACUGCCGUGCGGCGGUUUAUGGAGACCAACGCCCAGUCGCUCGACAGAAUGAACGAGGCUUCCUUCCUGCAAUUGGCCACUAGGAAUUGGAUUGCUGUCUACAUAAACGUGAUUUCCACAAGUGUGGUCUUUUUGGUGGCUAUCCUGAGUGUCACUGGUGCUUUUUCGAUCGGCGCAGCCAGUGUCGGAUUGCUUAUGUCCUACACCUUGCAGAUUUCUGGCUACCUUUCGUUUGUAAUCCGGUCAAUCACUAUGGUCGAAGGCUAUAUGGUUUCGGUUCAGCGGUUGGUGGAAUAUGCGUAUGAUCUGGUCCAAGAAGCAGAUUACGAAUCUUCGCCUGGAAAUGAGGUCGCCGACUCAUGGCCUACAUCCGGCGCCAUCGAAUUCCAGAACGUUUCCAUGCGUUAUCGUCCCACUUUGCCGAUUGUUCUUAAGAAUGUCAGCUUUGCAGCUGAGGCCUCGGAGAAAAUUGGCAUCUGUGGCCGGACCGGUGCAGGAAAGUCGACUAUCACGAGUGCUCUCUACCGAUUCGUGGAGAUAGAGGAAGGCGGAAAAAUGCUCAUUGAUGGUGUAGACAUCUCGAAAAUUGGACUCAGGCCCCUUCGAUCAAGGCUUUCGAUCAUUCCGCAAGACCCGGUACUUUUUAAAGGAACGAUUCGUGAGAAUUUGGAUCCUUUCAAGCAGAAGACUGAUAACCAGCUAUGGGAUGCUCUGAGACGUAGUGGUGUGGUCGAGGAAACACAAUUAGCUCUUGCAAAGUCUCAGAACAAUGAAGGUAAAUUUGAAAUGCACAAAUUCCAUCUGGACCAACACGUUGAAGACGGCGGCAGCAACUUCUCGCUGGGAGAACGUCAGCUGAUCGCAUUGGCUAGGGCACUUGUGCGUGAUUCGAAAAUUCUCAUUCUGGACGAAGCCACUUCCUCAGUGGAUUAUGAGACAGACUCAAAGAUUCAGAAAACAAUUGCGACAGAAUUUGCGGCUUGUACCAUUCUUUGCGUUGCACACAGACUGAAGACAAUUGUGAAUUACGAUCGGAUCAUGGUGCUGGACAAGGGUGAGAUCAUUGAGAUGGAUAAGCCGUGGAAGCUGUUUCAGACUGGAGGAGUCUUCAGAGAUAUGUGUGAUAAGUCUGGGAUAGUUGAGGAGGACUUUGAAACAAAAUAA